CUUAAACCAAGGUAUUGCGACGGUAUAAAACUAGUCUUUUCAUUGGCUGUUAAAAUCGAAACUAAAUAUUGUUUUGCAAACGAAAGUUGAAGGUAUAAAACACAUAUUUUCAAAUUCGGCUGUAUUUGAUCACUGUUCUGUUUCAGAAUGACCCUCCAAGUAGGAAUACGUGUGGUCCGCGGGCCGUCGUGGAGUCCGGACUUCGGUGACCAAGAUGGCGGCGAAGGUCACGUGGGGACAGUCGUGGAAAUAUGCGGGGUCAAGGAAGGCGACACCUAUCCGCAGAACUGUGUGAUAGUGCAAUGGGAUAGCGGGGAUAGAAACGUGUACCGGGCGGGAUACGAGAAUUCAUACGACCUCCGCGUACUGGACAACGCGAGCAUAGGAGUGAAGCACGACCGGACGUGCAGUGGCUGCGGCGUUAACGGGAUAUUCGGCAUGCUGUGGGUGUGCCGGAAGUCUCCGGAGGUAGCGCUGUGCACCGACUGCUACACCAGAGACAAGCACGACACCAAGCUUGACUUCAUACGCUAUGACACGCCGGACUAUGACAAAGGCCAAACGGUCCCAAAGAGAGAGAUCAGCAAGCGUCUGAAGGCGAUGGGAGUAUUCGAGACCGCGCAGGUUCAACGCGGGCCCGACUGGCGGUGGCUGGACCAAGACGGCGGCGAGGGCAAGCCCGGUCAGGUGAUCGCGAUCGUCAACUUCAGUCCGGACACGGACCGUGACGCCGCGGAGGUCACAUGGUCUAACGGCUACACCAACGUGUAUCGCCUUGGAUACGACGGUCGCCAGGACGUAGUUGCGGUGAAGGCAGCGUCCGGUGGAUACUAUUACAAGGAUCACAUUCCCGUUCUUAAAAUGGAUCAAGCCAGCCAACCGAAGAAAGCCAGCAGUGAACCACAUCCAGCUGCAGUAGCCCCCGUAGCCCCUGUCCCCCGCUCACAGGAGCCGGAACCCACUCUUCUAGGAGCCACCGGGUAUACACCACCAUCGUCAUCAAAGGGGUCUACCGGUGGGUACCAGCCUAAGACGCCGACAUCCCAGCCAAAGACGUCGACUUCCGCUGAAAACGCAAUGACUGCUCCGUCGCCGUCUGCGAGAUUCAACGUCGGAGAGAAAGUAAAGAUAACCAUGGAUCUUGACCUGUUGAAGGAAAUCGAGACCGGAAAGGGGGCUUGGAACCCGCGAAUGGCGGAGUGUAUUGGUCGGACAGGAUCGGUCAUCUUGGUGCGUAACUCCGACGUCACGGUGGAUUUUGACAUGGCGGGAAAAUGGGCCUUCGAUGAGUCCGUUUUUACAAAGGUCCACACGUUCACUGCAGGAGAGAAGGCGAGGGUCACCAACAACCUGCAGAACCUCAAGAUGUUGCAGAACGAGAGCUGUGGCUGGAACGAAAUGAUGGAGAAGGUGGUAGGGCAGGUGGGUACGGUUGAGGAGGUAGACGAGGACGGUGACGUCGUGGUGGCCUUUGACGGCGACAACACCUGGACUCUCAACCCAGAGGCGCUCACCCCAUGUAGUGACAUCGACUCCGAGACAUCUCUCAAACAAGAAACAGGUGGCGACAUGAGUGACUUACCGGAAGACCAGAAGAUGGUGGUGCUGAUGAACAGUAUUGCCGCCGGGGACACCGAGACCGUCAACUCUCUGAUCACAAAAAACCCACACUACAUAUUGAUGGAGGUGAAAGGUCAGUUCCCGAUCUCGGUCGCCAGCGCACAUGGCCACAUCGACGUGAUCAGGAGCCUAUUCACGAUGGGCAAGGACUCGCUGAUAGAGUUCGAGGAUGCAGAGAAGAUGACCCCGCUGCUUCACGCGAUCAAAGGCAAUAAAGUGGAUGCUGUGAAGUUCUUGGUAGCAGAGGGUGCUAAUAAGUCCGCGCGUAACUUGAACAACCAGAGCGGCAUCCAUCUUGCAAUAACGACUCAGAACAAGCUGUUGUUGACCACCCUGAUAGGGCUCGGGUUUGACAUCAACUUAAAGGACAUGCUAGGGCAGACUCCUUUGUUCGACGCCAUAUUGAAUGGUACAGCAGAAGUUCUGACCGAAUUAUUAAAGCAGUCUCAUCUGAACGUGGACGUUGUCGACAACCUCAGUUUUACGCCUUUCUUGACGGCAUGCAAAGUGGGAAAUCUACCUGCGAUGCGCUCCAUUUUGGACCGGAAGCGAGAAUCGCUUCAGCAGACGCAUCCGGACGGCGGCUAUUCGGCGCUGCAUUUCGCCGCUAUGGGUGGGCACAUGGAGGCAGCUCGACUUCUCGUGGAGGAGUGUAAGGCAGACGUAAAUGCACGUGCUUCUGAUAGGAAGACUCCCGUGCACGUGUCCAGUAUGUCGGUAAAGGGUGACAUGGUGGAGUACCUCGCGCACAAUGGUGCCGACCUAACCUUGGUGGACAACGAUCAAGCCAAUUGUCUCCACCUUUGCUUCCGGGAAACCAAGGAAGAGCAAGCGGAUAUGAAGGAAGACCUCCUAAAGCUGGUCACUUCCCUGACUCAGGCGGGCGUUCCGGUGGACGCUUUAGACGCGGAAAAGAAACGUCCGCUCGAUUACGUCGAUGAUGGCGUAAUGAACGAGUUUCAGGAUCUUUUAGGCGGGGCGAGCUCCACUGCCCAGCGUCUUACUGUAGACAGAAGUGAGGAGCCAAAAGAUACGGCAGAUAAGCCAUCGACUUUGGUUACCGGCCAGCCCGAUAACACAGGCACUGCUAUAAACGCGGGUUCAGGCAAAGCGGACAAGGUGGCUGUUACUGAGUCAGGCAAGCCGGACAAGGCGGAUGUUGGCACAACCGAUCAGCUGCAGAGAUCAAUCCAUGGCGGCGGCGGAGGUAGCUCUAUAUCGGCUGCGCCACAGAUGUGUCAAGACUGCGAGGAGGACCCUAUUAAGUUUAAAUUUGAACCAUGCGGUCACCUUGUGUGCAAAGACUGCGUACCGAAAAAGAAAAAGAAGAAGUGUGGCGUUUGUAGCGAAAUCUUCCAGAGUGUGAAAUCACUUUCUUAAGUCAACGUGUUUUCGUGAUGUGCUUGGACUUAAUGGAUUAAUAAGUUGAACGUUUAUAUAUGUUUUGGUGUGAAUAAAAUUAGUUUUUGGUUACAGGUUUCAAUAUUUACUUUACGUUUUUAGUUGUUAUUCAACAUAGCAUACCUGUGUAUGUGCUUUCAAAUGACAAAGCGCGGAUUUUAUCAUUUUCAAAUGUAUGACAUUCAUUUACAUAAAUAUAUUUCGGAUGCGUAAUUACAUAAGUUUAUAUAAAUUUCAUGAGUUUUUUAAUGUUGUAAUUUAUCAAAUUUAUUGAUAUAUCAAUAUACCAAUAUCAGAUGCACUAGUAGUAUAGCGUUUCAGAUUAAAAACAUGAUUCAAAUGUAUAUAAAAAACAAACACAUUAUUUAAGACAAUAUAUUUUCAAGAGAUUUAUUGAUAAGUAACGCAUAAGUUGAGUUAUACAGGAAAGCAACUGACCUACAAGAUCAAAGAGAAAUAAGACUUUGCUCAUGUUAGAAUUCAAAUGAGUGGUAGUUUAUAAUUUAUAUCGGUUUCCUGUAUUUAGGAAAUGAUUUCAGUCGUAUAUAAAGUAUCAGUAUUGCAUACAUUUAUAUAAUCAGAUGAAUCUGUAUAAAGGAAACUGACAAUACUUUGUCGCAAAAAAAGAUGCACUCACAAACAACGUACCUUGUUUUUUGUUGUUUAAAUUUUAUUAAAUUCGUAAAGCAAACAGAAAAUAAUCAAAUACAAAUUACGAGGGUAUCGUUGGAGUACCAGGCUUUAGUUGUAUAUAUUAAAAUUUCAGUUUUUUUUUUGCACAACGCUUGUCAGUUUGUUCGUUUGGAUAUAUAGCUCAACAUCUUACAGUUUAUCAUUCAUUCUGGCAUCGAAUUGAAACUUUGUUCUUUUUGUCUGUAUAUUCAUAACAAAAUAAUAGUGUUUAAUGUCUUAAUAAAUAUUACCAACAACGUUA